AGCCAUCGCCUUGGAUAAAAAUCACGCGUUAGCGGCGGUGAUCCCGUGAUUCGUUUUGUUGAAUCGUCCUACAUUCUAAACAGUGGUGACGGUAUUAGUCAUCGUCGCAUUGACAUCGUAAUGGCAUUACUAAAUCGUGGCGUGUUGCUUACUUGAUCACAAGAGUGGUUCAUUUAAUUGCGUGGUCCGUUAUUAGCAUUUCACGCCGCGUACCAAUUUUUUUUUUAAUUAAGACUUUUAGAAGUUUCUCCAAUUCGUCCGCCUUUCUUUCUAUCUUUUAAUUAAGUGCUUAUAUUAUUUGGUGAUUGCAAUUUACCUGUUUUUUGAGAAUUAUUCUGUUGUUGGUGAAAUUCAGUUUUGGUUAAUUGGCGAUGGAAAGUGAAUAUAAGGCGCGUCACGGGACGUCAACUCACGAGGCUUGAAUGAAAAGAGACGAGAAAAAAAAGCUGGACACAAAAAAAUGCAUCACAUGAGAGUGGAUUGAACUGCGAUUGGUAGCGUUUGAUUGUAAUAAUAAAUUAGUGGGUCGUAUUAGAGUUGUUAAUGAGGUGCAUACUAAAUGUUUUCAAAAGAAAAAGUCAACUUUCACUUAUUUUACUCUUAUACACUACGUGCAUGUAUAAUUGUAUAGUAUUUUCACUUUAAUUAAUUGAAAUUCGUUUGUCGCGGCUGUCUGUUGAAACCUACUUGAAGUUACUAGCUAAGUCUAAAGGGUUUAUGAAUCCACAACUCUUUAUUGCCAAUGCGUUUAAAAGCAAAGUGACUGAUUGAAAAUUGUCUCUUUCUUGCGUUCAAAUUUGAAACCCUGUUACUUGCCCGUGUAAUAGAAACAUUUGUUAUUUUCCAUACGAAUCACGAAAUGCAAAACGAAUUAGGCUACUGACUUCUGCUGAGCUAUAUUCAUCAGAAUGACGUAAUCUAAAAUAUUUCGACUUUGUGAAGGUGUACACAUGAAUUAAUUUUAUGUAACUGUUGAUGGGCCUGUGAUGCAAACGCAAUCUAAUACGGGCGCAUAAGUUACUGUCUUGCCAAAGUUUAAGGUUAUUGAUGUAUCAGCUAUGAGAGUAUGUGUGUGAUUAUACAUGCAACUAAUAACCCGAUCAUUUUGGAAAAGCAAGAAGGACACGCGACAAAAGAGGGACAACUUAUGUUUAUUGACGAGUCGAUCGUGUCGUUGUGCUGAAUACAUUUUCACGCUCGAUCUCCUCUCAAGGAUUUCGGAAAAAAUUAAGCGUUAACGAUCUCUUUCCUCUCGAUUGAAUGCGAUGGUCACUACGACAUCAUGCGUGUAUUCGCAUAAUUACGCCUUAUUCAUUGGGCAAUCAGCGCGCGAGGGAGGCGACAGGUACGCACAAAGUGUUCGAUCGGCCGUUCAUAAUUCGCUGUGAAAUUUCAGAAAUCAUUUCGCGUCCUAUGCGCGCAUGAAUUGGAAUUUUUAUCCCGUUUUACACGGGGAUCGCAUAUAGUUCCAUUCGUCUGUUGACGUUUGAAGGUCAAAGUAUGCCUCGAUCAAAGUUGUUUUGUGUAUUUGUCGUGGGAAAUCUUAUCUGCUGAAAACUGAUAAUCACUAGGAAGUGAUACCGCCACCUUGUGCAUUGCACGAACCAUUAAAAUAUUGCAUUUUUACUGUUUUUAUCAAUUGUAUCAGAAAUUUGCCCAUGGCGUGUGGGUUAGUCAUCGGAAUAAUGUUUAAUCCGUAAUUAGAAUUCACUGAAGUCUAACGUGUAUAGGAGAGCCACGUAACUAAUAUUCUCUCAAACAUUUUUUCCCCUUUGAUUUUGGUGCCAUGGUUUUAACAGAAGCCGAGUACCGAGAAGCAAAAUCUAAUUCCAGACUCUCUAAUUUGUUCAAGUUACGUAAUGUUACAAAGAGCUACAUUAUUCAGUGCCUGGCAGACAGAGAAAUUCAAUAUAUUGUUAAGGAUUCACAGCAUCCAUCCGAAGAGUAUCGACAUAAUUGUGAAGUGAUUCACUCUCCUAUUAAAUACGCUGACGUAGAAGUCGUGCCAAAUGGUACCGGUUGGGAUUCAACGAAUAAUAUACCAUGUAAACCACGGAUAUUACCUCACUUGAGUGCUGGAACUCAAGAUGGACAGCAAUUAAAUAAAAUUUUGAAAUUGAAAUCACAAAUCACAAAUUUAGAGAAGACCAUUAUCGACUUGAAAAGAGAAAAUUUUCGCCAAUGUCAAAAGAAUCAGCAAGUGAAAGCCCCUGUAAGCGAAAAGGAAAACUCAUUCACAGUUUCUAAAGUACAAUCUGCUAGAAUUCAGCGACUGGAAGCACUUGUCACUUCUAGAGAAAGAGCGAUUCUUGCUUUUGAGGCAUCAAACAAACGUUUGGAACGUGAAUUAAACAACACCCUUAAUCUUGUAGAUCGAUUGAAGAGAGAAAAAAAUGGAUUAAUGAUCGUGAAAAACAAUAAGAAGCCGACCAAUAGAAACACGAGAAUGGACUGGAUUUCGUGUGGUGAUCCUUAUUUUACCAGUUAUCCAAAAGGAAACAAUGCUGGUUAUCCGACUGCCUACAAGAGUGUAUCCAAUGUGCCCUAUAAAGGAAAGACUCCAAGCGACGCAUCCUCUAAGAUGAAUUUGCAGAAUUUAUUGAUUUCCAUCGGAAUUUGUUUAAUAGUCUAUAAAAAACCUGAAUUAAUCCGUUGGAUCUUAAAGAAACUUGUUGGAUUAUCAAGAACCACAUCCGUUUAUUCUCUUUUGAGCUUUAGAAAAAUUUUUUCUUGGUCCAUUUUUCUGAUAGACAUUCCACUGAAUGUACUUGCAACAAAAUAAUUGUAUGUGUAAUGCCGAGCGCUCCGUUCCACGCUUUCUGUCAGUCAGCCCGUUUCCCCCAAAAAAAUUAAUCAUAAGCGUUGAUAAAUGUUGGAUAAAUUCUGUUCCGCAGCUUCCGUUUGAGUGUUGACAUGUGGAACAAUAAAUAAAUUUUCAACUGCGUUAUUUGAAAUUACUGGAGCGAAAGGAGGCAGCAAGCCGAGCAACAAAAUAACAUUUAAAUUUUACUCAAGGUGCAUUGCCUUUUGCGCGGAACAUACCAUUCCGUAUACAACAUCGAGAAAACCCCUUAAAGAUGCACGCCGUAGCCAAAUAGAAGCUUUCCCACAUUGUUGAUACUCACCUGGCAUACAGUAUAUUGUUCUUACUGUCUCCCCACCGAUCCAAUCCGCCAUGGUUUUAACACUCGUACAAGUUAAUCAGGCCGUUGAAAAAGUUGAAACUAAUUUGGCUUUGAGUCGUUUGUUUAGUUUACGUAAAACUACCAAGAGCUACAUUAUUCAGUGCCUAGCCGACAGAGAAAUACAGAAGAUGGUGAAAAAAGAUGUGAUAUUUAAUGUAAAUGAAAGUGAUCGAGCGUAUGGGCAUAACUCUAAAGUGAUCCACUCUCCUCACUUGUAUUCACGGGCGGAGGCAGUUAACGGUCUAGGAUGGAGUUCGCGAACUUUUCAGCCAAUUCAAUGCCGCUUGAUGCAGACCGUUGCUGAGGACCAACAGAAUUUUAAAAUUCAGGAACUGGAGAAGGAACUCGCCGAUAAAAAUAAGGAGGUUUCUUAUUGGAAAAUGACCGCAAAAUCUUCCAGAGAAAACCAACUCCGGUUAAUAAGCGAUUUGAAUAGAUUUGAAUUUCAUUGAAAUUUGAAUUUACGCAAAAACUGGAAUAUAAUU